GGCACCUCGUUAAGGGUGGAGGCUGCUUCAGGGGUGACUUUCGGGCGUAUAACUAUUGGUCAGCAUCGAUGUUGAGUAACAGAUUUAUAUCUAUUCCUCGCAUCCCCUGAGUUGGACUCCGUGGUGGGUGGUGCCGCCGAUAGUGGAAGUUUUAUUUCUUUUCCUAUGGCUGAAAAUGAACAGGUGUUCAGUUCCGCUCACCAGAACAAAAGCGGAACAGCCUCAUUACCUAGUUUUAAUCUAUCAAAUUGCUCAAAUUACGACCCCUCCAAGUCAAAGUUCCUUGUUCUAAGUUCUGCAGAGAAGAAACUCUCCUCUAUGUCACCUUUUCUAGUCCAAAAAUCUCUUGAGACACACAUUGGAAAUCCAAAACAUGUCAAACCAAUGCCAUCUGGAGACUUAUUAGUUGAAACAAAUUCUACCAAACAAACAACUUCACUUCUCAAAUUGAAUCAAAUUGGAAACGUUAAAAUUACAGUAACCCCUCACAACACUCUAAAUAUUUCGAAAGGCGUAAUUUCAGAAAAAGCAUUACAAUCCAUACCAAUCUCAGAAAUUUUAGAAGGUCUCUCUGAUCAAGGCGUUAUAGAUGCACGCCACAUAACAAUCAAGAAAGGUUCAGAUAUAUUUACAACUCAACAUAUAAUUUUAACUUUUAAUAGUGCUGAUCUACCUAUUGAUAUUAAAGCUGGUUACCGAAACUGCAAAAUCCGUCCAUAUAUUCCAAAUCCUUUACGCUGUUUUAAAUGUCAGAAGUUUGGUCAUUCUACCAACAAUUGCAGAGGGAAAGAAACCUGCUCCCGCUGUGGCCAACCUGGACAUUCAUUCAGAUCCUGUUCAUCUCCUGAAAAAUGUGCCAACUGUAAUGAAGAUCAUUCUGCUAAUUCCAGACGAUGCUUAAAAUGGAAGCAAGAAAAGCAAAUUUUAAGCAUAAAAGUAACGCAAAACCUUUCCUACUUCGAAGCUAAAACUAAAUUUCUAAGCUCGCAACCUCGACCAAAUGUUUCGUAUGCCGCAGCAGUUAUGAAUCCGAUCUCAAAUACCAAACAUACUAAAUCUGUAGGCUGUCAAUGUGACUUUACAGAAUCUGAAACACAAAAUAAUAAGCCUAAAACAGUAUUGCCCAGACAAACAGCCAACCAAACAAUAUCCUCCCAGUCUCAACAAACGAAAAAUCCGGAAAAAUCUGCAUCUCCUUCACCUAUACAAAACACUUCUGAAAGCCAAAGAUACGUGAAAUUAACGCCUCAAUUAAUAAACAAAUUACAACAAAAACUGACUCAGUCUCCCGUAACCAGCAAGCUUAAAUAUAUACCAAAAAGUAGACAAAACAAGUUCCAUAAAGACAAGUUAAAAAAACCAAAAAACAAAGAACUUUCGCAAUCUGAUGCAAUGAGCACCGACGAAGAAAACCGUGACGAACUACCUUACCAGCAAAUGCAAACUGACGAGGGGUUGGAGGCUCCACCAAACCUUUGUCCGAAAUCUAAACUAAAAAUUAAAAGAUAAUAAAUGGCCAAAAUAAUAUCCUGGAAUUGCAGAAGCUUUAACACUACAAAACCAGACAUAAUUGAUAUUAUAAAUAAAUUUUCCCCUUGUUGCAUUUGUCUUCAAGAAACCGCUCUCAAACAAACUCAAACAAUUAAACUACGUGGUUACAAUAUAAACAAUAAAGCUUG